CGGCAUGCACCGGGCUGCCGGAGCCCUUUGUCUGCCUCGCCCCGUGCGCCGCCCGCCCCGGUGCGCUGCUGCGGUCGGCGGCCAUCGGCGGCGAUGCCCGCGCCGCCGCCCCUCUGAGCGCCGCCGGUCGUCCCGGAGGGAAGCCCGCGAGCCGGCGCGCAAUGGAGCGAGAGGAGAAGCCGUUCGUGGGGGGUCUCCGGGCAGCGAUGCUCGGGGGCGUCCCCGGUGCCGGCAGCACAGCUCCUCCGAACGCCGAACCCAGGGUGCUUGUUAAGACGGAGCGCGAGGAGGAGCCGUGCGCCGGGGCUCCGCGGCGGCAGAGCGAGCGCGGGACGCCGGAUGCUCCUGGUGCAGGAAGGGGCCGGGCGGCCGUGAAGAGCGAGGUCGCGGUGAAGCUGGAGCCGGAGGACGAGUCGUACACCGGGUAUCCCCCGGACCUGGGUGAAAGGGCCGCGGCGCCCGGCUACCCCGGGAUCAAAACGGAGGUUGUCGUUAAAGCAGAGCCCGAGGACGACUCGUACGGGGAUUUCCGCCAGACCCCCCCGGAUCGGGGGACACUCCCCGACGCCUCCGCCGGCGACGCCAAGCCCGAGAUCAUCGUGAAGGUGGAGCCGGACGAGGAGCCGUGCACGGGGGGCCAGCGGGGCGCAGGUUGCAAAGGUGGCAGCGAGAAGGAGCCCAAGGAAGAGCCGGAAGACGUGAAGCCGGACAAGGCUCUGCUGGCGAAGAGCCUGGAGGCGGCUCCGCGGGGCUCGCUGCGGCCGGAGCCCUGCGUCAGCCAGUGGACGGUGCAGCCGGUGCAGGGCGACGUGGCCGAGCUCCGCCGGGGCCCGCCGGGGCCUGAGGGGCCGCGGGCGGCCGCCGAGCCCACGGGGCUCCGCUUGGAGAAGGGAGCAGCGUCCGUCCUGCCGAUGGGUGACGUGGUGCAGAAACCGUCACCGACCCGCGAGCGGGGCAGCGCCGCGGCCCCCGGCACCGAGCCGGCGAGGCGCCCGCGCAGCCAUGCCGCCGAGCGGCCCUUCGCCUGCACCGAGUGCGGGAAGAGCUUCCAGCACCGCGGGAACCUCGUCACCCACCUGCGCGUGCACACGGGCGAGAAGCCCUUCACCUGCACCGUGUGCGGGAAGAGCUUCAGCCAGAAGGGCGACCUGAUGCGGCAUCAGCGCAUCCACACGGGGGAAAAGCCCUUCGAGUGCAACGUGUGCGGGAAGAGCUUUUGCUCCAAGCAGACCUUCAUCCUGCACCAGCGCAUCCACACGGGCGAGAAGCCUUUCUCGUGCACGGAGUGUGGGAAGAGCUUCAACCGCAAGGCCAACUUCAUCACGCACCAGAAGAUCCACCGUGGCGAGCGCCCCUUCAUCUGUGCCGAAUGCGGCAAGGGCUUCUGCGCCAAGAAGACCUUCAUCCUGCACCAGAAGAUCCACAUCGGCGAACGCCCCUUCGGUUGCUCCGAGUGCGGGAAGAGCUUCAGCCGCAACGGCGACCUGACGCGGCACCAGCGGAUCCACACCGGGGAGCGUCCCUUCGCCUGCGCCGACUGCGGCAAGUGCUUCAGCCACAACGGCGAGCUGAUCAAGCACCAGCGCAUCCACACGGGCGAGAAGCCCUUCACCUGCACCGAGUGCGGCAAGAGCUUCAACCGCAAGGGCACCCUCAUCACCCACCAGCGCAUCCACACGGGCGAGCGCCCCUUCGUCUGCCCCGAGUGCGGCAAGACCUUCAACCUCAAGACCACGCUCAUGAAGCACAAGCGCAUCCACACCGGCGAGCGCCCCUUCACCUGCCUGGAGUGCGGGAAGAGCUUCAAGUACAAGGGCAACCUCCGGACCCACCACCUCACCCACACAGUGGAGCGGGUCUACCCCUGCACCGAGUGCGGCAAGAUCUUCAGCCACAAGAAGGAGCUGACCGUGCAUCAGAGCGUGCACACGGAGGAGAGGAUCCUCUCCUGCUACAGGGAUGGGGAGUCCUUCAACCCCUUCCUCCCCAUGCACCCGCUCCUCAUGUCCUGCACCCAAAUCCAGAUGCCGCUGGAAGCCUUGUCGAAAUACAAGUAGGAGGACUGGGAAAAGCGGAAAGAGCUCUGUGGUUUCCCUGUGGCUCAUCCCUGGAGCUGGAGUGGAGGGAGGAAGAAUGACACAAUAAUUUUAUGACUUAGACCUGCUGUGGUGCUGGCAGAGUAUCAGGGCCCUGCCCUGGAGAGCUUGCAGCGUUGAAGAGCAAGCCAACAAACGAGCCACGCGUCCCCAAAGCACAUGCAAACACGCUUGUGACACACUCUGUGACCAAAACAGGAAUUAAACAUUCAACCUUGCCCUGAAGGAUGCCAAAGAUAAUGUAGCCGUUCCUCUUUUCUGGUUAGAGAGGUUUCCGCAGCCUCCGGAUUUAGCAGGACGAGCGCUUCCGUGGACUGGAGGUCUCUGGGGAGCGGCUGGGGCCAAGCUGGCCUCCCCGGGAUGUACUCUGUGUCCCACCACCUGCACGCAGCGUUGGUGCUUGCAGGGUCUCCUGCCCAGUCCCAGGCUUGGGAGCGAGUGGGGAGGCGUCAGGCAGACUGUUUUUGCGACACGAAGGCCGGUGGUUUCUCAGGGUGUGCCGAGUGUUGUGCAUUUCAGCGAAGCCCCAGGUUUCUGGGGCGGCUUCGGGCUGGUGUCCCAGCUGGUGCCGAGAGCUUCCCCAGGGAGCAGCUGGCCGGAGCGGAGAGCUGGAGCCCUGCCUGGUUUUCGGCUGGGCAGGCACCGGAGGAAACGUCCCGUUCCAACUUGGCCCAACGACAGCUUCCAAGAUAGAAACACCCCAGGCAAGCUGAGGCCUGGGACUCGAAGCGCAGUGCCCUGCGGUGGAGCUCACGAUCCGGUCUCUCACCGGCACCGCCACCAUCCCGAGUUCACCAGGGACCAUGGCAGGAGGCGUCAUCCCUUGUCUAAGUUCGCUGUCUCCUCUGAUGCUAUUUAGAAAUCUUUCGAAAGAGCACUGUAAUAGAAAUGAAGACAACCUUUGGGUCGCUGUGCCCUCCCUAGCCAACACGGGGCUCUUCCCUCGCAGUAUUUUCUCUCCCUGAUGCUGCAACCAGUCCGAUUUGAGCAUCUCCCAUCGAGGGGCUUCCAUGACUGCUGCGAGGGAUCGUCCACAACCUAGCAGAUACGGACUGGUCCUUGUCUUGUAUAAAGGGGCUUCGGCGUAGUUGCUAGUUGGGAAAGGGGUAAUUUUAGAGGUAAGAGUUGUUGUCUCUCUUUGGGACUGUCACAGAUGCACAGACACUAGGCUUGGGGGACGAAUAACUCGCCGAACGCAGCUCAGUCCUUCCCCUUCCCGGGCGGAGUUGCUUGCGAUGGUGCUUCACCAGGAUGAACUGUACCUCCUCCAAACUCCCUGUCCUGCCAGCGUCGCGCUCGGGUGCCUUCCUGGGCUGCCGGCGCCCGCGGCUGCCGACGGGGCUGGGAAACCCUCGGGCUGCUCCCGGCGGAGCUGAGCCGUGGAGCGAGGGCUGCGGAGGCGGCGCGGGCUGCGAACGCCCUGCUGGGACGGUGCACGGGGCGGAGGUGGGAAUUGCAGCAGGUCUUCGGCAGGCCGGGUGCCAGGGUGAGGGCCACCUCUCGCCGCGCUGUGCAUGGGUCCAUUGCCGUAGGGGGUGUUUGCCCGGCCCCCCUUGGGGGGACACGUGCCGAGGAGCGAGGGCAGGGGCUGCGGGUCCCGAGCCCCUCGACGGCCGCGGGAUGCCCCCACCCUCGCGGGCAGCAGGAGCCGGGUGGCAUGCGGUGCUGUCAGACCCCCUUCUCCCUGGGGUCCAUUCCUCCAUAACAUACAUCCUGCUGCUAAAGAUGACCUCCUGCAACGUUAAUGCUGGGAAAUACGCAACACAAGGCCGUUCCUUUCUCUGGGCACGGCUGCUGCUGCUAAGAGGGUCUGGGGCUGUUGGGACUUGGCAUUUGAAGAGCAGGGUUGAGGAUAAGCUGGGCCGGGGGUCUUCCUUCAGCCCUGCCAGAUCUGUGAAAGGUGCUUGUAAUUCUCCGAAGAAAUAUUUUGCGGAUUGAUUCAUUUAUUGGUACCUUCUGUGUGGGCUGCCUGGAGAGGACUCUUCGCCGACCUCUUCUGCAUGAUGUUCCUGUCGAUGUAUAGCAAACUCAUCGUUGUGUGUGGUGUACGCCUUGGAACCGUCCUUCUGUGUGAAAUUAGUCUUUGGUACCAUCGGCCGUUGGCUCGCAGUCGUGCACUGCUGCAGUCCGUUGGCAGAGGUGCCGCUGGCAGGGCCCGUGGAUGGCGGUUUUUAUUCCCGGGCAAAUACUGCUCCCUCCUGCUGUUAUUACCGUGGAAAUAGGGCCGUUCGCUGAGGGGCUGCGGAGGCGAGAGGCCCUGCGCGGGCGGUGGGACCGAGGGCUCCCGCACUGAAACUCUUGCUCUGACUUGUUGUGUGGCUCGAGGCAAGUCUCAGCUUUGCUGCCUCAGUUUCCCCAUCUGUAAAAUGGGGAUAAUAAUCCUGACUGCACCUACCUCACAGGGGUGUUGUGAGGGUUAACCCGUUACCUGCUGUUUGUACAGUGCUUUGGAGAGGGUAUGACGUGCUUGGCUAUGAGACUGCUGAGUAUUAUUGUUAUUACUAGUAACUACUGUGGACUAGGGACUGCUCUUCGAUUAGAUAAUGUAUGUGAGGAUUUCUCCUUAAGCCCUUGUAAUGCAGCAAAGCAAGGACCAUAUGUAUUUAUAUCUUCUUUUUUUUUCUAAUCUAGAAACUAAUAAAAGGUGAAAACAAAUAUAAGGAAA